AUGCUGCCCUGGCGCCGGAGCAAGUUCGUCCUGGUGGCAGGGGAGCGCAAAGCCAAGGGCGGCAAGAGCCUGGGGCCCGGCCUGAGCUACGCCUCCCUGCUGUCGGGCUUCGUGCGCUCCUGCCCGGACCUCUUGCCCCAGUGCCCGCUGGGCCGCCUGGGCAGCGUCUUCCGCAGCAAGCGCCAGAAGGUGGAGCUCAACCGCGAGGACCCCACCUACACCGUCUGGUACCUGGGCAACGCCGUCACCCUCCAGGCCAAAGGCGAGGGCUGCACCGAGGAGGCCGUGGAGAAGAUCUGGGCCAAGAGCGACUACGGGGGCAGCAGCACCAAGAUGAAGCUCACCCUGGGGCCCCACGGCAUCCGCAUGAGCCCCUGCGAGAAGGGGCCCCGCCGGCCCGGCCACGCCUACCUGCUCCACCGCAUCACCUACUGCGUGGCCGACCGCCGCCACCCCAAGGUCUUCGCCUGGGUCUACCGGCACCAGGUCAAGAACAAGGCGGUGGUGCUGCGCUGCCACGCCGUCCUGCUCUCCAAGGCCGAGAAGGCCCACGCCAUGGCCCUGCUCCUCUACCAGACCUCCCGCUCGGCCUUCAACGAGUUCAAGCGUCUCAAGAGGCAGAACGACGCCCGUCACCUCCAGCAGCAGCUGCUGGGUGAGUCCAUCGUCCCCUGGGUCCCCCUCCGCAAGCUCCUGAACUGCAAGUGCCCCUACCGGCCUCCCCCGGAGAGGAACCGCAGCGCCCCGAGGCUGAGCGCCAUCCAAGAGGAGGAGGAGGAGGAAGAUGAGAGCGGGGAGAAGGAGGACAAGGGAUCCGGGGCUCCCUGCAGAGAGAGGUCGGAGGUGCUGACCUUGGCCCACGAGCUGAGGGUCUGCACUUUGAGAAGCCCCCUGUCCCGGCUGGACAUGUCCACCUGGGAAGACCCUGUAGAGCCAUCCUGCCUGUCUUCGUAGGACCCUGGAGCUAUCAUGGUUUAUUCCCACCCCCCACCGCCCUGAUUUUCUGGUAGUGGAUUUGGAAGAGUGGGAGUAUGGAACAUAUUGUUCCCUCUGAUUGCUUGCUUCCCUUCCGUGUUCCCUUGGCUGCCGUCUGUACGUCUCGGGUUGACGAACUGCCAUUACUGCCUCGUUGAUGGAUGCGUGUCGUCGAUGUGUGCCAGUUCUACCCGGCCAGUCUUUUAUGACCUGAUUCUCGUCUUUGUCCAGAACAACGAGUCUGUUUGUUUUGGGGUUUUUUGCUCCCACGAACAAUGAAAUGGUCAUCCUGACUAUUCUCCGAGAAUUCUAGACUUGAUGCUCAGACGAAAUGCCAAGCCAUACCAAUGUACGGGGGACUGUCAGAUCAGC